AUGCAUGUCUUCAGCUCGACGGAGCAGAAGCUCCCGAGCUCCUCCUUCGACGAGUACCGCAGCAAGGGCCUGACUGUGCACCUGGAUGGCGACGUUCUGGAGGCAUGGUCUAAUUUUGCCAGGGCGGAUGUGCUCGUGAUGGCCAGGAGCAGCUUCUCUCACGUGCCCGCCUUUUUCAACGACAAGUGUGUGGUCUACCAACCCUACUGGCACCUGCCGUUGAGCCAUUGGGUGAGCUCCACGGCGAAUGAGAAGGAGCCGUUGGAUCCCGAGCAGUUGCAGAAAUUGCGCGACUGCCUCGCACGCAUCCAUGCCUCCGUCCAUUAA